UCAUCGUCCAAAAGCCAUGGGCACCCAAAAAGAAAGAGAGUGAAAAAAGAAAAAGAAAAUAUGUAAUGAGCUCGGCUCACAUGGCCCCGUCCUAUAACUCCUAACUCCCACACCCUUUGUCUUUCCCAUUCAUUUAUAGCUCUAUCAUUUCUUGCUUGCUGUUCACAGCUUCGAACGCAUUUCUGAUCGUCUCUGGAAAAGAAAGAAGUUUUGAGGCCAAUAUUUUAGAUUCUUCAGCUUCUCGUAAUUUUUUUGCCAGUACGUACUUGUAAAUUAAGGCAAUGGGUUCUAAAGCAUUGAUUUCCAAGAUGAAAUGUAGGAGAUCUUCGAGGCAGAGGCGGGCUUGUACUCGACGUUGGGCGGUGGAAAUGAAGAUGAAGAGGCUGCAGAGGCUGAUUCCGGGAGGGCAACGUUUGCAGCCGGAUCGACUUUUUCUUCGGACUGCAGAUUACAUCCUGCAUUUGAGGCUACAAGUAAACCUGUUGCAAGCUCUUUCCAAGAUUUAUAAACCAUGAUCGAGUUUAUAUAUAUAAUCAUAUCAUCAUUGCUAGCGCUACUCUAUUAAUUAAGACAUAUAUAUCUAUAUUUAUAUAUAAAUGUAUCUUUUCUUUUUUCUUCUAAUUUCUCUUAGCCAUAUUUAAGGUGUUGAUCAAAAUGCCAUGCCAUUAUCUUGAGUCGUAGUUUCUUUAUUUCUGCUGUGUCGGGUUCUAUCACCUCAUUGUCUAUGCUUUUCAGCAUUCAGGAACUCCCAAUUUCAAUUAAUUGUAAGUUUCAUCUC